CCAAAUUUUCUAGUAGCCACAUUAAAAAACGUGGCUUUUAAAAUUUAAAUUUUAAUAAUAUAUUGCAUUUAGCCCAACAGAUAUAAAUAUUAACAUUUCAACAUGUCGUCGAUAUAGAAAAUUAUGAGUGAGGUAUUUUACCUCCUUUUCUGUAGGAAGUCUUCGAAAUCCCGUGUAUGUUUUUACACAUACAGCACAUCUCAAUUUGGCCUGGCCACAUGUGGCUAAUUGGACAGUACAGUUCUAGAGUGUUCUCUUUCAGCCUUUACCUAAAGUAGAGCCUAGCCUGGUUCUCUUAGGUGGGGAUGUUGAGGAAGGACAGGGUACUCAAUGUGUCCUGGCAGAGCCAGGCGUCAAAGCUGAAACCACUGCAAAAUUUGGGGACUUUUAGGAGCAAACCAUGCCUGCUUUCUCCAUACAUGAACUGCCUUUAUUGAGCCUUCACUGGGGUGUCUGGUUCUUUAUGACUAGAGUUAAGCCUUAUAACCACUGCAGGAGGGUGAAGAAACAGAUUCUGAGACCUUUCUAGGUAGUGCUUCAAGGUCAUAUGUGGGGUGUCAACAUAGGCCCAUUUGACCCCAAAGUCUGGGCUUUUAACCCUCAAGAGCACUUUGAUAUUGGAGUGGUUAAGAGCACAGGCCAUUGGGUCAUUUCCUGGUUGGGUUUCCUUGAAUCCAUUCGUGAGUCCUUGGAAGCCUCAGUUGCCUCACCUGUAAGAUGGGGUUGUUGUGAGAAUUCCAGGAGAUGCUGCAAGAGGAAGGCCCUAUUAGGUUCUCAAAAAUAAUGUCGACUGCUCUUAUUACCAUGUAUCUUGGUUUUUCUGCUGCCAUUAACCUCUCUGGUGCUCUUGCCCCUCUUAAGUCUUUUAUUCAAAGAUUUCUUCAGUGGACAGAAUUAUUGGAUCCUACAAAUUUGGUCGUUUCAAUUGAAAAAAUAGAAAAAUCAAGGCAGCUGUUGUUAACACACGAAGAUGCAUCCGGACGUGACCUGGAGGACAAAAGGGUACAAGAAGCUUGGAAGAGAAGUCUCUCAACAGUGCAUCCUGACAGUAGCAAGCUGAUCCCUGGUCCUUUUCGACCUGCAGCUCUCCUGCCUUUCACGGCGCCCAUGGUAUUUUUGUCAAUGCUGCCAGUAAAAAGUCUAAAGUCCAUGAUUUUACCUCAGGUUUCCUUCUACACGUACAGUACAGUCUUCAACAUUGUCAAUGGAAAUGCAAGUUAUGAUCGUCGCCCCCAUGAGAGUAUCUUAGUAGGAGCAGGAGUGAUUGCUUCGUCCACCUUUUUUGGAUUAUUCCCUCGUUUGCUCCAAGUAAGAUUUUCACUGAAUAGCAUUUUGAGCAGAAACGUCAUUCCUGUCGUCAUUCUCGCCCAACUCAGUGGAAUGAAUGUGGUCGCAUCGAGAAGUUUGGAGCCCCUGCGAGGAAUUGAGGUCAUGGACAAGGACGGCAGUGUCAUAGGCUAUUCCAGAAAAGCUGGGACAAAGGCCGUUAAAGACACAGCAACAUCCAGAGUUGUGCUGUUUGGGACCUCAGCUUUUAUCCCUGAAGUCUUCUCAUACUUUUUUAAAAGGACCCAGUUUUUCCUGCAGUGUCCGUGGUCACUGUGGGCCCUAAAGCUUUCUUGUACUAUCCUUGUCAUGGGACUCAUGGUGCCGGUUUCUUUCAGUGUAUUCCCACAGAUUGGACGGAUACAGUGCAGUGAGCUUGAAAAGGAAAUUCAGUCUGCAACAGAAGAAACAGAACUCUUCUAUAACAGAGGGGUGUAGGGGUGAGUUUUAAGUGAAUUUGUUUGGUACCUGCGUGAAAACCUUCCUCCAAGGUUUCAGUUUGGACAACCCUGCCAGGAGUGUCCUGGAACCCCCAGAGGUGUCUGCACCAACAGGAUGGCUUCUGGUUACGCACGCCAAGACUGUUUUGAAGCUGAUCGUGCCUAGGGUUAAACAAGCUUGGGUGAGAGGAGAGAAACGGGGGCUGUCCUGUCUAACCCACCACACGGGGUUGCUGAGGGGAUGAAUGUGUGAUGUAAGAUUCAGUUUUCUAUUCGUCAGCCUGUGAAAGGAUACUGUGAACUUACUAGUAAACUUUUCUAAAGUUGAGUAUUGGAAAACGAA